AUGGUGAAAUCUGAAAAUGUGGUAAAGCCCGAGGAGAAGGCGUCCCUAAGAAUUAAACUAGGUGGCAAGGAUGUGAGCGCAGUAGGGAAGGAGGGGUCUGGGGCGACCAAAUUCAAGAUCAAGCUGCCGGCUGCCAAGCGUGAUGUCGAAGAAUUUGUCAAGGGCGAGGAGAGUGAGAAGCCAGCAAAGAAGGAGAAGCGCACAAGAAAGAGGAAGGCAUCUAGCCCAGACGAGGUAUUGCCGCUGUGGGUGUGCCCGGACGGGCGCAUCUUCCUGGAGACUUUCUCGCCGGUGUAUCGCCAGGCGUACGAUUUCCUGAUCGCCAUCGCGGAGCCUGUGUGCCGGCCGGAGUGCGUGCACGAGUAUGUGCUCACACCGCACUCGCUCUACGCCGCUGUCAGCAUCGGGCUCAACACACAGACAAUCAUCACAGUGCUCAAUCGCCUGUCCAAGGUGCAGCUGCCGUCGGAGAUCAGCAAGUUCAUUCAGGAGUCUACUGGUAAUUAUGGCAAGGUGAAGCUGGUUCUGCACCGCAACAAGUUCUGGGUGGAGAGCCCCUUCCCAGACAUCCUGCGCAAGCUGCUCAAGGAUGAGGUGAUCCAGAAGGCGCACGUGGUGGCGCCAGAGGGGAAUGGCUUCACGGUGACAGCUGGGCUGACAGAGCAGGCAGCGGUGGACCUCACCAAGGAGGUGGAAAUGGUGAGCUCUACUGGCAUCCCCAAAACUUUGCUGUGCUCUCGCGCUUCCUCACCUUUGCAUGCAUCCAUCUCCGCAAUGUUGGCAAUCUCGACCGCUGAGGCCCUGGCCCUGGCAGAAAAUAAGGAGCGGGAGCUGCACUCCUUUGAAAUCGAGCCCUCCCAGGUGGAGCAUGUGAAGGCGCGAUGCUUGCCUGGCGGCUUGAACUACCCGAUGCUGGAAGAGUAUGACUUCAGGAAUGACACAGUCAACGCAGACCUGAACAUCGAGCUCAAGCCGCACGUGCAGCACCGCCCCUACCAGGAGAAGUCCAUGGCCAAGAUGUUUGGCAACGGCCGCGCGCGCUCCGGCAUUAUAGUGCUGCCAUGUGGGGCGGGCAAGUCGCUGGUGGGCAUCACGGCGGCGGCGCGAAUAAAGAAGAGCGUGCUGUGCCUGGUGACCAACAGCGUGUCGGUGGACCAGUGGAAGCACCAAUUCAAGCUGUGGACCAACCUGCAGGACCACCAGAUCUCCAGGUUCACGUCGGACCAGAAGGAGUUGUUUGCGGGCGUAAGCGGGGUGACGGUGACCACGUACACGAUGGUGUCGUACAGCGGGCGGCGCAGCGAGGAGAGCGCGCGCGUCAUGGACGAGAUCGCCAGCCGCGAGUGGGGGCUGCUGCUCCUCGACGAGGUCCACGUCGUGCCCGCCCAGAUGUUCAGAAAGGUAAUCGGCAUAGUGAAGGCGCACUGCAAGCUGGGCCUGACUGCGACGCUGGUCAGAGAGGACGAGCGCAUCUCCGACCUCAACUUCCUCAUCGGCCCCAAACUCUAUGAGGCCAAUUGGCUGGACCUGACCCGGGCAGGGCACAUCGCCAAUGUGCAGUGCGCCGAAGUCUGGUGCCCCAUGACCAAGGAGUUCUACAGGGAGUACUUGAAGAAGGACAAUGCGGCCAGGCGGCAGCUGCUUUACGUCAUGAACCCCAACAAGUUCCAGGCCUGCCAGUUCCUCAUCCAGUACCACGAACAGGUGCGCGGCGACAAGAUCAUAGUGUUCAGCGACAACAUCUUUGCGCUGCGCGAAUACGCGCAGAGACUGCGCAAGCCCUUCAUUUACGGUGGCACCUCCCACCAGGAGCGCACCCGCGUCCUUGCCGCUUUCAAACGCUCCGCCGAGGUGAGCACGGUGUUCCUGUCCAAGGUGGGCGACAACUCCAUCGACAUUCCAGAGGCCAAUGUGCUCAUCCAGAUCAGCUCCCACGCCGGCUCCAGGCGCCAGGAAGCCCAGCGACUCGGCCGCAUCCUGCGAGCCAAAAAGGGGAAGCCGGGCAGCCAGGGGGCGGACGAGUUCAACGCGUUCUUCUACACGCUGGUGAGCAAGGACACGCAGGAGAUGUACUACUCCACCAAGCGCCAGCAGUUCCUCAUCGACCAGGGCUACUCCUUCAAAGUCAUCACCAACCUCCUCGACGCCGCAGGCGGUGCGAGCCUGCAGAUGAGCACGCGCGACGAGCAGCUGGACGUGCUGGCCAAGGUCCUGGCGGCCGGGGAGGACGAAGCUGGCGUGGAAGUCGCUGACGUCACCGAUGACGUCACCCGUACUAAGAAGGCCCUCGCGCAGCGCACCGCUGGCAGCCUCGCCGCCAUGAGCGGCGCCCACGGGCUCACCUACAUGGAGUAUGGCACGAACAAGGCGCAGAAGCCGCGGCUGACCACCAAGAGCGGCAAGAUGCGCCACAUUAUGUUCCGGAAGCAUGCUCAGGGCAAGAAUUGA